GAAAGGCGUGCAGGAUUCAGGAGGAGGAGAGAGGAGACUUUCAUUGGGGGGAAACCGCCGCCUCCAGCGUACUCCAUCCCGAUGUGAUGAAGUGAGAUGGAAGAAGCCAUGGAGGUCCGGAUGGUGGAUCCAUGGAGCUUGGCUUAAAUUUUCAGCGUUGUUUUUUAACAUUUCCCAUUCGGAUUAGUUUGCAGCUGCUGCUGGUGGUGGUGGUGUCGGUGGUGUUGGUGGUGGGAAGGAGUACAGAGCGGUUUCGGGUUUGCAAAAAAUGCCGUUCUCCAAACGGAUCGUGGAGCCGCAGCUGCUGUGCAGGCACACCGUUCCCAAUGAUGAGGGCUUGCUCUUCGAGGACCUGCGCUCCAUCAGCAACGUGGCGCUCGCGCGCAGCCUCCGCCAGCUCGCCGACCUGGCCAGACACGCGUGCUCCAUCUUCCAGGAGCUCGAGGACGAUGUCGUCGCCACGAGCCAGCGCGUGCGCCUGCUGCAAGGCAAAAUAGGCCAAAUGCAGCAGACCGCCGCCGCGCUCGAUCCCAAACUGGAAGCCGUGCCCGUGUCGAAUCUGGAUGUUGAGAGUAAGUUAACAUCCCACUAUCAGGCUCCAUGGCACCAGCAGCACAAUUUGUUUCACUCCAGCACACGGCUGCCAUGUCUGGAAGAGCUGCACCGCCAUGCCCAGUUCACUCUACGGGCACUGCACAGAGAGCAGCGUCAGCGUUCAACCAGCAGGGAGCGCAAUCGGGUCACCAUAUCCAUCUCGGUGGCUCCGCCCAUGCCCACAUUCCCCUCCCCUCACUCCAUCAAGAGGCAGGACCAGAGAAGUCGACAUUCGCAUAUGCUGGACAGAGCUGAAUUUCAGACAAUGCAGAGGAAGGAAAGAAGCACCAGAGAGUCAGACAUGCAGACUCUCCCCAGGAAAGUUAUCCAGCAGGAGAGACCUUCGAGGGAGGUGGAGUUUCAACCAGCACAAAGAAAGCAUGAGCGCUCUGGUUCCUCCUCCCCUACGACGUGUUGUCUGUUCCUCCCCUGGAUUCGAAAGGUUGGAACCAAUACAAAUACAGAUGGGGAGUUGGUGGCUCAUAGCCACAGACCUAAGUGUCCAGUUCCCAAUGUUCCCACGACACUGGACAAGCAGACCAACUGGUCGAAAGCCCUGCCACUCCCCACACCAGAUGAAAGGAUGAAGAAUGAGUCUCAAGUCAUCUCAUCCUGCAUCAUUCCUAUCAAUGUUACAGGUGCAGGAUUUGACAGAGAAGCCAGUGCUCGCUGCUCGUUGGUCCAUUCCCAGUCUGUUUUGCAGCGGCGAAGGAAACUAAGGAGGCGGAAAACUAUCACAGGAAUUCCCAGGAGAGUGCAACAAGACAUGGACUCGGAUGAAUCUCCUGUGGCCAGAGAACGAUCUGUGGUAGCCCAUGGCAACCCACACAUGUCCCUCUACCAGGAGGAGCUGUCACUUAGCGGCCGGACGCUGAACACCAAGGACUCUGGCUGCCAGACAGAUGAUUUCUUGAUUGCUGCUCCAUCCCGUAGGCGUAUCCGUGCACAGAGGGGUCAAGGAAUUCCAGCUUCCCUCUCCCACUCUACCGGUAAUAUCACUUCAUUACCAGAUCGCUCUGAUACAACCUAUACCACUGCUUUGGGCACUCGUCUGCGUUCAAGAAGUUUGCCCCGAGAAGGAAGUCGACUCCGGGACAAUGAUCAAGAUGAUAGUGAUGAUGAUGAGGAAGAUGAUGAAGAGCUCUCUCCUUAUGAGGCUGAGGACUUCUUGCCAGGUCCAGGAAGGAGGAUGAUAAAGGAUGAGGAGGAAAGCACCGAUGAUCAAACUAUGCCAGAGCUCCAGCUGGAAAGUUUAAAGCGGAUACAGCAUGGAGGUAGUCCUGAAAAUGCUUGGAUUGAGAGGGGUAGGUCCAGGCUUCCACGUAAUUCUGACCUGGGGAGCUGUGAGAUCUCCUCCAGUUCAGACACCUUCAGCAGCCCCAUCCACUCUGUUUCAACCACAGGCGUGCUUAGCAGCCAAAUUGAUCACAAAGAAGACCAUCAAUCUUCAAGUGGAAACUGGAGUGGAAGCAGCUCAACUUGCCCAUCACAGACCUCAGAAACACUACCACCAGCUGCCUCACCUCCCUUGACUGGUUCCUCACACUGUGAUUCAGAACUGUCUCUCAACACAGGGUCUCAUAUAAUUGACGAUACAACUGGCUUCAUUAUUGACCCCUACCACAUGGACAGGUCACAAGGCCAGGGACACAGGUCUAGUUCAUUCACCUCUUCAGCUACAGAUCAGAUGGAUGAUGCAGGUGUUAGUACUGCUAGUGAUGGGGAGUGGAACUGCAACCAGGAUCAGCAAGAUCAACCUUGUCCUCCAGAAUUCAGCCCAAAGCGCUCACGGGAAGAUGAGAGUGGCAUAAGUUGUCCCAGUUAUUCUAGUGGAGAAACCUAUGAGUGCUUUAGUGGGCAAUCAUCGGGUGAAAUAUUAGAGAGCUCUACAAAUUAUGCUGUUGACACUGAAGGAUUCUACACAUCUGUGCACUUGGACUGUGGUCUCAAAGGUAGCAGAAGCUAUUGCAACUAUGCAGCCAUCGACCCCGACUGUGGCCCAAGUGGGAACAUUGCACCUGGCAUGGGUGAAUACCCUCAACCAGCUUACAAAGGAAUGAGUACACUUGGAAGAGGGUGUCUUUCUUUAAGAAAACCAAAGGCUAAGCCACCCCCACCAAAACGUAGCUCUUCUUUAAAGGAAACAAGCAGCAAUGUGGAUGUUCAAGAGCAGAAUGAACCAAAGAUUACUAGUGAGCUGCCCCUGCCUUUGUCUUCCAGGGAGAUGAAGCUGCAGCUGGAGUUGGAUGGUUCUGACAGGCACCUUGACACUGCAGGUCUCUGUGACAAGCAGCUUGGCUCCUGGGGUGUAGAAAAUAUCAGAGACAUGCUAGACUGCUCCUCUCCAUUUAGUUCUUCUGACACACAUUCCUUUAAGGAUGAGGGUGCUGUGCAGUCAGACUAUGCAGACCUUUGGCUUCUCAAUGACUUGAAAUCUAGUGAUCCUUACAGGUCACUAUCCAACUCCAGCACUGCUACGGGUACAACAGUUAUUGAAUGUGUCAAGUCACCAGAGAAUCUGGAAACUCAGGCCUGUUGCCCCAGGUCCAGACCCACCUCACCAACACUUCCACCACAAGAAGGUGACUACAGACUGGGCUCUCCUGAGAAACUAGCUGCAUUGGCAUCCCCAUCAAGUGGAUAUUCCAGUCAGUCAGAGACACCUACAUCUUCCUUUCCAUCUGCAUUCUUCCCAGCUCCACUGUCCCCAACCAGUGGCAAGAGGAAACCCAAAGUGCCCGAAAGAAAAUCAUCACUUUCAUCCCUCCAACAGCAGCAGCAGCUUUCCCUUAGAGAUGCAGGGUCCUCCUGCAGGAGAGAUACUGAUUCCCAGGCACCACCUAGUCACCUUGACCUAAGUGCUCUUCACACCAAGCCCUUUGCCCACAGGAACCAGAUACACCUCCUUCACCAGAACAAACAAAAAGCAGCUGCAGCAGCAGCUGCAUUAGCAGAAGCUCGUGCCGCUGCAAGUGCAGAGGCGUCUAGUUCAACCUCCACAGCAAACACUUCAACUCUUCUGAGGUCAAUUAAUCUGCGAUCCGUUGAUAAACCAGCAGAGGGCAACCAUGGUCCUGAGCACUCUAGUGCUGAUCAGUCAACUCGACCCAAGUGUCCCACAGUAACAGUUGAGACUGUGCCUGCUGACAACAGGCAUAACAGAAAACCACCAGCCUACAAGCCACCUGCUGUGCAGCACUGUGAAUCUCAGUGCCCACCUCCAGAAGCCAUUGUUAUACAACAUGAAGGCAUUAAAAUAAGGCAGGAGAGGCAUGGACCGGGAACUUACUGGGCCAUGACAGCUUUCAGAACACCUGUACAACCAACCAAUGAACAAGAAGAAUACUUAACGCCAACAGUACAGGAUUGUGAGACCCGUAAUGUUCAGCAAGAAGCAGAGUGCAGCAGAAAUCCAGAUGAGGAAGAAGCAUCACCAGCAGAAAGUUUUAAAUGUGAACACAGUCAAGCAACCAAUCCACAACCUCUUGCAGAACCAUCUUUGAAUUUGAGCAGCACACUGUCUCCUCCUGCUUACAGCGAAAUACGCAGGAGCGACUUUGUACUGUGCAACAGCCCAGAUAAAGUACCUUCCAGAAAUUUAGACACCUCAUCACACACAAUCGGUGAUAUCAAAAGUAAAGAGGAGGCGUACGAGACCUGUGUCACUACCAGAAGUGCCUCACAUGAUGGACAUGAGGACGAGUCAACCCCAGACACAGAAGACUAUUUCAGCAAAGACUCAACACCUAGUGACAAUUCAAAUUCUCCUCUGACCGAUGACUCAAAAUUUGAUGAUGAUAGUAUUUUCCCUUCGCCUAACAAACUACGCACAACUGAAGAUUUGUUUGCCAUGAUUCACAGAUCAAAAAGGAAAGUUCUUGGACGGAAAGACUCAGGGGAGCUCAACGGGAAGAGUCGUCUUGGUGUUCCUCCUGUCAGUGGUCCAGUCAAUCAUCCUGUGGCGUGUCCAAUCACUCCAACUGUCCCUGCUCCUGCAGGUGGUUCUCAGAGAGCACCAGGACCCAUUUACAGGAGUGCCAAAAAAUCAAGCACCUCCAAUGAGGAAUUUAAGUUACUACUGCUGAAGAAGGGCAGUCGCACCGACACCAGUUACCGCAUGUCUGCAACAGAAAUCCUCAAGAGCCCCAUCACUCCCAAGACCCCAGGCGAACUAGAGGCUUCCAGGCAAGCAGAGGAAGCCACUUCACCAAUGCAGGAGUCUCCAGCCAGCACAGAGCCACUCCCCAGUACUUUCCCUAAGGCAAAUAUUGAGGGAUUCUCUACAAAAACCCUUACUAUGUCUGCUGCCUCCAGGCAAGGUCGUUCUAGGAUCCCACCUGCAGCCAGCAGCAGCAGGUACAGUACUCGCAGCCGGCUAUACACUGCCCCAAUGCAGGCAAUCUCUGAAGGAGAAACUGAAAACUCUGAUGGAAGUCCACAUGAUGACCGUUCCUCCUAGUGGUAUCUUUCUUGGCUUCUUUGGGUUUUAUUACCAAUGACAAAACCACAAAUCCCUCAGAAAAAAAUAAUAAAAAAUUUCCCAAGAUUUAAUCUUGAAAUAAAGUGGAAAAAGUCCCCUUGUUCACUUUGAAAUUUUUGUAUUCCAUGAACUGAGUGAACUUGUGUUUUAUUUAGUGAUGAAAUUUCAUUUCCAUCAAAUGCUAUUGGAACUUCUAGUGGUACUUUUUUUAUAUGGAUGCUUGAUGGAAAAAGAUUCUUAAAAAAAAAAAACGAGUCAAUAGCCAAUCAUUUCUUUUGUUUUCACACAGAAAAUGUGAAAGGUGUAUAUUUUAGCAAUGUGUGUAGAUGAUGAAAACAUAUAACUUUAUUUUCAAAGCACUAUAUCUUCAGCUUUCGUUAAGAAAAUGAUCAUUAAUGUGUUGGGUGCAAAACUAGAAGGAAAUUUUAGACACGACCCUGCUAAAGUCUCAGUCAGGAAGUAUCAAAGUACUCCAGUCAUCCUCAAGAUCAGUUGCUUUUUAAAUUGAACUUACACAUUACUUACUAGCAUGUGUGGCUUGUAGCAGUGUUGAUACUCGUUGUUACAGUACCAAAUACCGACCUUCCCAUUGUUGUGAUUCCUAAUUGGGACUUUAGUUAGGCUUACACAGGACAAUCACACUGUGGCCUUUCCUAACAGAAGGUCUGUAAAUUCAGGAGAACAGAUUGAGUCUCCAGGAUUAUAGGCAUUUUAUAUGGCUGAGAAUUUGUGAUGUGUAAAUGAAUGGGUUUGCAAAAGCUGCAAAUAUUUUGCACUUGUUCGGAGAUGACAAAGAUUAUUCCUUUAAACAUCCUGGAUACAAAGGAAUGGUGCAAUGUUUAUGUAUGAUAGAAAUGAGCCCAUGUGUUAGCUCUCACAUGGUGCCACCCAUAACAUUAAGAGUUUAUAUUUUCAGUUACAGGCUGCCAUAUUGCUUUUAACUAUAGUUCUCUUAACACCAGCUUUGAGCUUACACUACCAGAAAAGAUUAUGUUAUAUUUUACAUUUGAAUGCACUUAAUUAUGUUAAUUAUGUGUACAUUUUGUAAGUAACAUGUAGGGGCUUAAUGUCUAGGAAGAAUACAACAGUGAAAUCAUGAACUGUAUUCUAUGAAUACCCUUAAAGUUGUGCAAGAAAGAUGUUGACUGAAUUCAGUUUGCAGUCAUUUUUAUUUUCUUUCAGUAAGAGAUGUUAUGAAAUUAAAAAGUGAGAUUUGUCAAGCUUACACUGUGCCGAAAAGUGGAGGAUGGACAAGCUGUGAAUCAGUCCAUUUCAAAUCAUUGUUUUCUGCUGAGUACUGUCAUGGUGCUCCCUUUCCCCCUUUUAUUUUGUCUUCUGUACAGCAUGCAAUAAUGGUCUAUAGUUCAUAGCGACAUACUUACCUGAUAGGGGAAAAAUCAUUUUCAGAUCAUUUGCAUUCAUUGAGUAUUUGUAUGUUCAAUAGGUGGAAAAGUAUGUUGAUGUUUGAUUUUUUUUUUUGUUUGUUUUGUUUUUUUUUUUGUUUGCAUAGACUCAGCUUUAUAUCCCUAAUGUGGAAGAACUGGACAAUCUGUUAAAACACUGUUGGUAUGAAAGAAAAUAUUAAUAAUUAUAUUAAUAAUUAUAGAAAAGACUGUACUCAGACAGGCUUAGAGUAUAUAUGGGUGUGUUUGGCUGAUAUCUGUGCUGGUGUUGGAGAAAGAAAGGUGAACUUUGAACGGUCAGCUGUUUUGCGUUUAUGUAGCUGCAUCUCUUAGUUGCUGAUUUGCAGUACUAGGAGAAUGCUUUGCUCAUUAUUUGUAUAUAUGUCAUUGUGUGACUAACAAACAUAUGAAAAUAAGUCAGCCUUUUUUUCUGGACUGUUCGGUUACCAUGUACUGUAUGUCCCGACAAUACUUUAUGUAUGUCCUGACAAUACUUUGUAUUACUUUUUGAUAACAUUUCAUUAUGAUAUACAGUAACAAUAUUCACUGAAAAAAAAUGUUCCAUAUAUGCCAUUAUUUGUUAAUCUAAAAUCACUGUUGUUGUUUUUUUGUUUGUUUGUUUGUUUGUUUUUUUGGAUUUUGUUUUUGUUUUAAAUCAGAACACUGAAAACAUAUGGACUGUACCUUUUAAUCUGUGUGUGGUCAUAUGCAUACAUAUAGAAGUAUGAAAUCUGUAAAAUCCUCUAUUAGAUUGCAGCAUUUAAUAAGAAAAAAAAAACAAAUAUUUUUCAUUAAGGGAUAUUUUAUCCAGAGAAUUAUUUUGUUAAUGAAUAUAGAAAAGAGUAAUGAUAAAGCUUUAUUUAACUAAAAAGGUUAUAAUUGAACAUAUUUCAUAUCAGGGGUGUGUUAGCCAAUAGUAAAAUGAAAAUGUAAAAAUAAUAAAAUAAAAAACUUUCUAAUUAGCUGUAAACUUGCAUAAUUUACAUAUUUGCUGUAUGAUAUGAAAGUUAAUUCAGCUGUUUUUGGUGCUCUAAACUGAUUUUAUACCCAGAUCGUAUUCUGUUAUUAUUGCCAUUGCCAUUAAACUUACCAUUUGUCAUUUCAUAGCAGUUUUUUAAAAUCCCACCAUCUGGCUUAUGUAUGGAGAUGAACCUUCAACACUAGUGACAUCAUAAAUCUUUAAAGCUAUUGUAGCAGUGUACAUGUAUUUGCCCACGUUAUCUUCCUAUGACAAGACUCAGAUUACGGUAGCUGUAUUUUAGGAUUUUAAAAUCCUAAACAUCAUUCAGGCUUUACAUUGACAUCUGUAUUUGAAAAGAGGAAUGAAAUGCAAAGCCUUUAGAUCUGUUUGUUUCUAAGUUAAGUUUCACUGAACUGUCAGUACCUCAGCUUUCGACCACAUGUCAAAAGUGUUCAUGAGAAAUAAUCUCCAGUCAACACACAUACUGCUGUUUCACACUGAAUCUCACUGUAACUUGUGUUUUCCUUUAAUGAAAUGAGUACACAUAUCACCUGAUAUAUCACACUGCACAAAUGGGGAAGCACAUUAUGCUUUUGCCAAAGGGUUGUACAGGUAUGAAAGUGAAUAAAAGAAGUAAAGACACCUGAAACUGGAUGAAUGAACAUGGGUUUAACUGCAAAGGUCUCUGUGCUAGACAGCAUGUCACUCAACGUCUCUUCACUUCAAAUCGCAUCUGUUUUUGUAUUUUUGUAUAAACAUGUACAUAUAAUCUUUUUAAACAAAAAAAAGGUUACACAGUCGAUUCUUUUUUGUAAAAUGUUUUCAAAGUUUACAUUAAUUACACGCCUUUGUAUAUUUUUGAGCUGUGCAACUCUGUCCUUGUAUUUAUUUUUUAGUAAACAUUGUGACAAUUUCCAUUGUAUAUUUAAACCAUUCCUUGCCAGCCCAACUGGCUUGCUUAGUAACUGUGCAUAGAGAAGGCCAAUAAAUGU